CUGGGGAAUCACCUCGGCGUUGAACGAGGUUCUGAUCGAAAGCAAAAUACAGAGCUCGCUCACAAGGUGUUUCUAAUCUUGAAUGAAGGACAACUUCAUCGGGCGCCUUUGGUGGAGCCGAAAGUUGCACUUGAUUUGGGAUGUGGCUCAGGCAUCUGGGCUCUGGAAUUCGACAGAAAUCCUACAAACUUCAAGUUUGUUCAAGGUGACAUAGAGAAGGCCUGGGACUGGCUUCCUGCCAGACCAGUUGACUUCUUGACUAUACGCGGCCUCUUUGGGAUUCUUGAUAACUGGACUGAACUUUUCCGCAAGGCAAUGAGCUGCCUCGCACCUGGAGGCUGGAUUGAAGUUGCCGAUGUAUGCUAUAUGACAACCAGUGACGACGGAUCUCUGGAUAACGCCAAAGGACUUCUUCGCUUCGACGCCAUGUACAGAAAGGCCUUGAAUCAGAUGAAUCCAAACCUUGGAACCCUUUCAUCUCUUUAUGAAAAGAUGGUCGAUGCUGGUUUCCAAAGCUGCGCAGUCACGAAGCGAAAGAUACCGGUUUCCGACAUGUCGACUGACCCAGAGCUGAACGAAAUCUCGAAGUAUUCUCUGGAGAUUCAUGAGAUGGAUACAGCUAUCAUUUCCGAACGAGCCUUGCAACCAAUUCUGAAUCUUUCUACAAAAGAAGUAGAGACUGUGCUUGCAGAUGCACUGCGCGAUAUGCGUAACAAAAAUAUCCACGCCUACAGAUAUGGGUGA